AAUGAGUGUUACGUAAUAAUGGAAAACUGACUGAUACUGCAAAACACAACAAAACAACUUUUGAACAUUUUCUAUUUAUUUUCUUUUGAUUUUGUGUCCUUUUCUCACAGCACAACACACCUGUAAGUAUGAGAAAUAAUUAGACAUUAAGACAGGAUAGUUUUUAUGGUAAAUAAUGUUUUAAUUUCCAUUUUAAUCAAGUAUAUCUGCGCACGUGUUUCUAGCCUGGUUACAGUGUAAUUGUGUAAACAAUUUUUCAUGAACGGUCGCAGAUAAAAACAUUGUCUAUUCUCAUGACAAAGUUCAAAGUCUUUACCGAGGAAAUUCAAUGUUUGUGAUGAUCAUUUGAUGGUUUCAAUUUGCUCAGCCAGAUUCAGGCUCAGCUUGGAGCUGGUUGAACAUAUGAUUGGCUGGAUCAGAUUAAAACCUGUUAAUUAGUGCUCUUGACAAACAUUGAAGAUUUUCACACGAAUAGGCAAUGCUUUUUUUAUCAGCAACCGUUCAUCCUUUAUAGUUGCAAGUGACAGUAAAAACAAAUUCAUUUUCAUUGGUGAUAGUGGAAACAACCCUAGCUUGGGAAUGAGGUUGUUCCAAUCCCUGUUUAUACCAUUCCUUGCCCUCAAGCCGGUUGUCAUUGAGUUCAACUGACAGACCUUCAGUCUAGCAAUUUGGAGGUUACAGUUGAAGGCCUGUGUAGGACUUAGGAUUUUGCCCUUGAGCUUAUAUCAAACGGCUUGAACAAACAAUGCUAAUUAAUUAACAGAUAUUUAGAUGCAUUAUAUACACAUGCCAAUUGUCCACAUCACUAUAUUUAGUUUUUUUAAAUAGUGCUACUGUGAAUGGCUCCACAUGAAGCAAGCUAAAAAAUGUACUCAAACCAACUUGACCUUGUAGAUCAGUUGGUAGAGCAUUGAACUAGCAAGCCAAGCCAAAGGUUGCAGUUUGAUUCCUACUGUGGUCAGGUAAUCUUUUAGCUUGUCCAUGUGGAGCCACAUUUGUAGUGUCAUCUUACUCAUUUGAAAUAAUUUACAUGAGUUCUAACACCACAAUCAUUAGGUUUUAAAAUUAAUAUUAAUUAAAUUUAAAAAAUUGUUUCAGUUUGAAUUGCAAGACCAUGGCCCAUCGAUUAAUUUCUCAUCAUCGAGCAUUUUUCUCACCAAGACACCUUGCUGGUGUUUCCCAGUACAUUUCGACGACAGCAGCAAGAAACUAUGAGGUUAAAGAUUACUUUGAAUUCAACGAAAAAGUUUUGAAGUCUGAAAAACCUGUGUUGGUUGACUUUCAUGCCACGUAAGUUUGGUUACCUGUCUUAAGCCCAGGUCACACUACACAACGAUAAUGAUAGAAACACAUCAAUCGUGAGCUUAGCAAGUGACGUUUUUUGAUAACACUGACGUCGACCGGAAGUAAAGUUGACGUUUUUCACCAAUCACAGCCCUUGACCCAGUCUUCUGACGUUACUCAUGCCGUUCGUGUUGUCAAAAACGUCACUUGCUUAAGCUCACUCAUGGGCCUCAUGCAUGAAAAUUUGUCAAUGCAUGGUGACAUAUAUCAGUAGUAUACAUUUGAUAUUUAUAUAUAGGUGGUGUGGUCCAUGUAAACAACUUGCUCCUAUGUUAGAUUCUGUGGUGGACAUGAAAGAUGGUGCGGUAGAACUUGCCAAAGUUGAUAUUGACAACAAUGCUGAACUGGCAAUGGAAUAUGGGGUAUGUUAUCAUGCGUUUACAAUUAACAAUAUUUACUAGACUAACAGCUGGCUAAUUAGCCAUACAUGCAUUGGGAAAUAUCUAACAUUUUAGGGGUUCACAAUAGUGUAGAAAAAUUAUUCCUGAUUUCCUAAUCCAAACAUUGUAGUGUAAACCAAAUGUAUUUAAUACUACCUGCUUCUUAAGAAUUUGAUCAUGAAAGACUGGAUUACCUACAGGUAUUUCCAUUGGGAUUAGGAGCAAGCCUUUAGGGUGUCUGCCAUUGCUUAUAUACUUAGAAAUAUCAUAUGUUGCUAGGUAAAUGCUGUACCGACAGUUCUCGGGAUUAGGGAUGGAAAGGUUGUUGAUCGAUUUGUUGGUUUGGUGAACAAUGAACAACUCGAUGACCUUGUGGCCAAAAUUACCAAUGGUGACUGACGUAAGAUUACCAGAAUUUAACCAUGCUUGGUUAACUCAAAAUUCGUGAAGAGAUUUAUAGCAGUGUGGGCACAUAUAGGAUGUUAUGGUGUUAUGAUAAUUAGUAUAUGCAUUUUUAAUAUGGGUGUGGUAUUUGAAUCCUAAUAUUACAAUUUCUGCGACAAUUAUGCUAUAAUGUUACAAGAUUUUUAACUAUGUGUGCUUUAGCUAACAAAUAGAUUACUUUUAGCAUGGUCAAGAAAUUAGCACUGACCACCAAAUGGCUUCUGCAAUAUCAUUAUAAUUACUGUACAAUUAUGUCAAACAGUCGUGCCAGUGUAUUUAGCAAUGAUAAUUAACAGACUUAACAGACAGCUGUAGAUUGAGAUACGAAAAUGUAAGCAGAACUUCAACAUGUCAAGGCUCUACACUAACUUUCCCAACAUCACUUGAAACAUUGAAGAUCUGGUCAUAUUUUUCAGUUGGUUGUAUCUCUCUCAAUAUGUACAGUAUAGCUGUCUGUAUAGUUAUAUUAAUCUGCAUUUCGAAUAUUGGUUUCAUAGUUAUGUUUACUCCAAGGCCCCUUUCACAUGGCACCAGACCUUGUAGACCCUGGACCAGUCAUAUUCUCAACCAUACUUUGAAAAUUUGUACUUUUGCACUAUGAAACAAGAUAAAAUUCAACCACAGUUAAACAAACGGUUUCUACAUGUAUUCCCAUAUGUAUCUAAACAUCAAUAUGUACUGUACAUAGUAUUGUGAUAUAUUUACUACCUAUUGUCAUAGCAUAUGCCACUGUUAGCUAUAAUUUAUGCAUUUAAAAUUUUCACGUAAUAAUUACACAAAUACAGACAUACAUGAUUUAACAUCUACAUGCUAUAACUGGCAUUAGCACAUACCCAUGAUUAACAGAAUUUUUAAAAACUAUGACUGGAAUUUGUACUAAUUUUUAUUCAGAAUAAUUACAUCUACAUGUGUUUUACAAGUGCAUACUUGUGUGCUAUAAAAUUGAUCAACUACAAUUAAUGAUUGAUUAUUAUUUUACAAGGGACAAGUAUGAACCAUAAUAGUUCUCUAACAUACGGCCCCAUAUAGCACGUAAGUUCUAGCUUCCUUGUAUCUUGUGCAUGACAUCAGAAAUUCUGACGUUUGCAGGGGCACCUCAAGCGAGGGGCAAUGAUUCAGCAGGGACAAAUGUGUAUACCUUCCUUAUAUGGAUACAUUGUUUAUCCAAAACUAUAGUAUAUUCAAAACUUAGGCUAGUAGUUUAUAAAUGUAUGAAAUGCAUAUAAAUGUAUGAAAUGCAUGGCCAAAAAUUAUCCUAACUUCAAUAUGUAUUUGCCCAGAACAUUUCUAUACUUCUAGAACUUUUCAACACUAAAGUUGGUACAAAGUGUCCCUCAAGAAGGAGCUCCCUGAAUUUAAUCUGGUGCCCCUGCGCAUUAUCAACUACUGACUAGACUAUGUAUACUGCAGUUUGAAAUUAGAGCUUUAUAUAUAGAGCUUUAUAUAUAUAUAGUUUCUAUUGUUCUUGGCCUCUACCCCGCGCACGUCCUCUUCCGAGCGGCUGUGUAGGUCUUAAGGCCCUGCAUCGCAAGGUUUGAACAUGGCAUUCAGUGGUAGGUUUGGGCAUAUUGUGGUACACGAUGUACGUCUGUCUUGAGACACUCCACCCUUACAUAAUGCUCGCCUAUAUAAUGUGACCAAAUCAUCGUAGUCUUUACCAUCAUAUGAAAUCUUCCCGGUUGCAGGAUUCCCCUAGAUCAGGCAAAUUUAAUAGUUAGUCUAGAUUAUAGCAACCUAUUCAAAGCACGCCUAGUACCAAACUAUAAAAGGUAAUCCCCGACAGUGCCACCUUAACUGUGCUCCGUGCAGGGACGCCGGAACUGCGGGAGGAGGAGGCAGCUGCCCCUCUUGCCCUUUACCAGGAGGGGCAAGGGGGGCGAAGCUGCCCUUUUGAUUAAAGGAAAAUGUUUGUUAUUAAUAGAAAGAAUUCGUUCUUGUUAUUAUAGAACUAUAUAAACUACAUGAUAUAACAAACUUUUGCUGGAAAACUGUAACAAAUGUAUGGAAAUUAAG